AUGUUUUGUAAAUCACUUUCUUCAUCAUUGUUAUUUCGUAACAUCCUCUCUCAGCGCCUAUUUUCUUCACUUUCUUAUACAAAAUAUGGAGAAUGUUCUAAUACUAGUCUUCCACCACUCUUGAUUGCUCAUGGUCUUUUUGGAAACAAAAAAAAUUGGCACUCUGCAGCAAAAGCACUUCAAAAAAAAUUAGACAAUCAAAUAUAUACUAUUGAUCUUAGAAAUCAUGGAGAUAGUCCACAUUUAGAUUCAAUGACUUAUCAAGAAAUGGCAGAAGAUGUGAAUAAUUUUAUAACAAAUAUAAUUUUUGAAGAAACAGGAUACGAUGAAUUAGAUCUUUUGGGACAUUCUAUGGGUGGUAAAGUAAGUAUGGAAUUAGCUUUUAACAAAGAAAGUUCAAAAAAUAUAAGAAAAUUAAUUAUUGAAGAUAUUUCACCAAUUUAUGUUAAUAAAACUCAUUUAUUUCCUAAAUAUAUUAAAGCUUUAAUGAAUAUUGAUUAUUCAUUAAGUCGUAUAGAAAUUGAUAAUAUUCUUAAAAAAGAUAUUACUGAUAAUGCUACAAGAGCAUUCCUUUUGACAAACUUACAAAAAGACCCAGGUGCAGAAAGUUUUAGAUUUAAAGCAAAUUUAAAAAGUAUUAAUGAAUAUGUAGAUCAUAUUAUAGGAUACACUUUUGAAAAAGGUUGUCAAUUUGAAAAAGAAACUCUUUUUUUAUCAGGAGAACAUUCAUUAUAUGUUACUCCUAAUGAUAGAAAUUUAAUAAGACGAUACUUUCCUAAUGUUACUUUUGAAGUUAUUGAAAAUUCAGGACAUUGGAUACAUGCUGAAAAUUUUCCUGCUUUCAAAGAAGCUGUUGUUUCAUUUUUAAAAAGUUAG